CCGGUUUGGCCCGGCUCAGCCGCCGUGACGGGCCUUUGCGCAUGUGCAGAAGGAAACCGUGAAGAAGGUGAAGAUGGCGGUGGCCAAGGCCGGGGUCCAGGGAGUCCGGUGGCUCCAAAGGGCAUUCCUGAACGUGGUGCCGCUGGGCGCACGGAGAGCCUUCCACCUUAAGAAAGACCAGCUCCCGGGGCCCUAUCCUAAGACCCCAGAAGAACGGGCGGCCGCCGCCAAGAAGUAUAAUAUGCGUGUGGAAGACUACGAACCUUACCCGGAUGAUGGCAUGGGGUAUGGCGACUACCCAAAGCUCCCUGACCGCUCACAGCAUGAGAGGGAUCCAUGGUAUGACUGGGACCAACCAGACCUGAGGUUGAACUGGGGUGAAACGAUGCACUGGCAUAUAGACAUGUAUACCAGGAACCGUGUGGAUACGUCCCCCACACCUCUUUCUUGGGAUGACAUGUGUAAGCAGCUCAUCAGCUUUGUGGCUUUCAUGACGUUCAUGUUCUGGGUAGGGCAUAAGUACCCUGUCUACCAGCCUGUGGCACCAAAGCAGUAUCCUUACAAUGAUCUGUACUUGGAACGAGGUGGCGAUCCCUCCAAAGAACCCAAGCCGGUGGUUCACUAUGAGAUCUGAGGAGGCUUCAUGGGCUUUUGUGCCCUCUAACUAGGACUCCCUCAUUCCUAGAAAUUUAACCUUAAUGAAAUCCCUAAUAAAACUCAG